GACAACAUACUCUUAUGUCCUCAGAACUACGAUACACUGCUAACACCCAGUUAGAGCACUUGCACGCUCGAUACACAGGAACUGGGCAUGCCGAUUUGACAAAGUAUGAUUGGCUCACUCAUCAACACAGGGAUACGCUCUCGUCCAUUGUAGGACAUCCAACGCUGACGUCUUAUCUCGCCAUUGCGGACGGCGAGUCGAUUGGGAGAGUAAAAUUUGAGAUGACAGAGCGCAUGCUACAGCCUUGUGGGCCUCCUCCACGAAAGGAUGAGGACUAGUACAAUUCCGUGACGUCCCGGAGAUCGGUUUCAAAUUAAGUUAGGAGGUGCACUGCUGUCAGUGAUUGAGCAGAUUUCCGAGGUGUUAGAAAAGAAGACACUAGCUACACCUGCUUUCGAUUACGGCUCAUCUUCUGUUUAAAUAAUCGAAGCUGCAAUGCGAGAGUGUAGAUGGCCUGGCGCAAGUCCGCGUACUUUCGUGGCGAUGGUUCUCUUCGCUUGGCGAGUGUGUUUGUCUUCUGUUCCCCUCCUCGAAGGCUGUGCCUUGUUCCCCUUUUAGCACUUUCCUUGAGUCGGGUGAUCCAUUUGAUCUGAGUUACGGAUAUCCGUUCCAAUGAUUGGAUCGUUGUGUAAUGAUCAUGCUUUAUAAGCAUGGUCAUUCACAGCGAUCCACUUGUGGGUGUGACAUUUUUCCUUAGACUACCAACUAUGGGAUGUAGUUUAUCCAUUAUGGCCAUUGUACUCGGAAUCAAAGCUUGAA